AACAGUCCUGGCAGUCGCUGAGCUAUCUCAGCGUCAGCGGUGCACCUCAUUACGUCCAGCACUACGGUUGGAAGAGUUAGUGUACCAAGUCUCCAGUACAUCAGCACGCUCUCUCCGGCCAUUCCUUGAAGCUUAUUCAGUUGGAAUGGAGUAGCCUAAGCGUUAGGAAACGCCAAAGGGACUUAUGUUACAACUAGCCCCCCGACCAAGACCUGUGACGAUGUGUUGACGGUUUCACGUGUACAUUUUACCAGUGCUUUAAUGUAAAAAGUACCAUGAUUAAGUGCAAUGUUCAAUUUGCUUCACCCGUGAUUUGUUGCUUGACAAAAAAUGUUCAUGGACACUUGAUACCAACUUGGAAAUAAUCAGGAUUACGCCCAUUGGAAUGUUGUCAACAACAGACGUUACUUACAACACAAACGCCAAGUGCUGACGUAGGCACACAACUUCACGCUGCCUGCUUUCUCAGCACUGGUUCCUUCACAAUGGAAGAGCUGUUGGGCCAUAGCGUCUUGAAGAAUUGUCUAAUUUCUCCGUCUACCGCAGCCUGUCUGUAAGUAAGGAGAGUUGAGCCUACCGACGACAAGUUUGAGACAUUCAGUGACGGAUGUGGUCCUCAACCAAAUGGAAAAUGUGUGUACAAAGUCAGUUCUUGUCUCUUAUGUUGAUCUUCUAUGACUUGUCUCAAGAACAGAGAGGUUUGCGCGUCAGUCGUGGCCAAUGAAAGCAGAAUAAUGUUCAUUUGGGCAAAAUAAUAUCAAGCCCUCGGUUGAAUACAAUCUUGUAUUGACAGUUUAAAGGUUCACUCGACGACGGACAUCUUUAAGAAGCCGGUUUGUGUUAAUGAGAAUUCCAUUUGUGUCGACAUAUAAUAGCUGUGAGCUAUUAUUGGUCUCAGGAUUGGAUGACACCGUGGCUUUAGUUUGCGAUCAGUUAUCCCAUGGUUAACUGUGAUAUACAGCUGUAAUAACCCCGAUGUCACACCAAGCAAUAAACCAAGGUAAUUUGUGCAGUAGAAUUGUGUAUCUCCACUGGUGUGUAAAUCUUUUUUCUAGGAAGCCAAUUCAGAUAGAUACUUAACGUGUUCACAUUGUAAAGAGUAUUUACGAUGUCUGUGAUCGGUAGUGUGUCCGUUGUGCUCAACUUCAGCAACGUCAGUGACGUCGUUGUCAAUAACUUCUCCCUCCAAGACUACAUCCUCACCAACCUUGGCUCGAAAAACAUGGGCAGCACAGCCGGCGUCCUACUCACCAUCAUCUACAGCCUCAUCUUCAUCUCUGGCACCAUCGGCAACGUCUGCACCUGCAUCGUCAUCGCCCGUAACUCCUACAUGCAGACGACGACGAACUACUACCUCUUCAGCCUGGCUGUGUCAGACCUCCUGCUGUUGCUGUUUGGCUUACCGCCGGAGUUGUACGCCAUAUGGGAGUCGUAUCCUUGGAGAUUUGGAGCAGCCUUUUGUAUUCUACGUCACUCUGUGAUGGAGAUGACGUCAUAUGCGUCGGUUCUGACAAUCACAGCCUUCACCGUGGAGCGUUACGUGGCCAUAUGUCGUCCUCUUCAGGCACACCGUAUGGCGGGACUGUCACGAUGUCUCCGGAUCAUCAUCUCCAUCUGGGUCGUCUCCAUCCUCGUGGCCCUCCCCUUCUCCAUCCACACCCGCGUGUUUCACGAGCUGCACCACCCCGUCACCCACGAACCUAUCCCAGAAUCCCUCAUCUGCAACAUCCGGACGGAGUGGCGGGGACGGAUGACGUACAUGUUCCAGAUCUCCACCUUCUUGUUCUUCGUCACCCCCGUCGCCGUCAUCAUCUGCCUUUACAUCCUCAUCGGCAUCGCGCUCCGGAAGUCACACCUCGGACGAGGACCGUCGGAUGAGAUUAAAUGUAGUAGCGGCAAAACCAAACCCCCAUCCCAAUCGAAGAGAGUCGUGAUUCGUAUGUUAGUUGCUGUAACAGUAGCCUUCAUCCUGUGCUGGGCGCCCUUCCAUGCACAAAGGCUAAUGGUUCUGUAUGUAUCAACAUGGACCCCUUUACUGAUGAACGUGCAGAGCACGCUCUUUUAUAUAUCAGGUGUCUUGUACUUCGUCAGCUCCACCGUCAACCCCAUCCUGUACAACGUCAUCUCACGACGUUACAGAGGCGCCUUCAAGGAAACAAUCUGCUUCUGUUGUUUCAAGGCAGGGUCAUCCUCCUAUACGAGCAGUGUGUUCAAGGGCAACCUGGACAAGCCACUCAAACAACCAAUGGUGGUUGUCAACGCUGACGGUGAUAGACUUCAAUCGACAUAUCAUGACCAUAAUGCGUUGCUACAUCCGGUGGCGAACGGCAUUGUGCCAGAAACGUUGAAGACACGAUUAAUUGACGAGAAUUUUGACAGAAAAAUAAACGAUGCCGAUUACAACUACGCUAAAAAUGUGAACUCCUGUGUUGCAUGCGAUACGUCUGUAAAUGGAUAUCAUUCGCCUAGCAGAGCAGCUUUGCUGAAAAACGGAUUUUGUGAUGUGAGUCGUUCGUCGCUGAACUGUGUGCUAUUAAAACAUGGAACCGUGUUGUGAACAUUAUUCAACACCCUCGGAAUGUGCACUGGUGUGUAAUUCUGAAAAUAAAUGGAAUUAACCUGAAACUGACAGGUGUUUGGGUAUGUGAUUUCCUUGAUAAAACGCUUUGCCAAUACGCCAUCAGAGGUAAGAUUAAGUAAGCAUGAACAAGAAUUGU